AGAGGAGUCUCCUCUUACGACCUAAGACUUCAAUAGGGUCUACUCUUCAUAGGUCAUCAGCUGACAGCGUCGCUCAAAGCGCGCGCUUUUGCGAUCAUACAUUCCGCCAUGGUCGCUGUGCCUGCGGUCGUCACCGACGCCUAUGAGCGUCUGGUGGCUGAGUUUGAUAAGCUCAGCACUACGCAGAAGUAUGCAGUUGGCGUCGCUGGUGGCGUUGCGUCGGCAUACCUGGUCGGCUCGUUGCUCUUCAAGAGCAAGUGCGAGAAGUCAAAGCCGUCGACUUUCGAGCUGACGGGAGGCUCCAUCGACUCCGCAAAGGUCAAGGAGGAGUUUGCUGCUUACGCUGAUAGCUAUGGCAAGAACGCGGGCGAGGGCAUUGUUGAUCGUUCGAAGACGGUCCACCUUGUGGACGUCUUCUACAGCCUUGUCACCGAUAUCUAUGAGUGGGGCUGGGGCCAGUCUUUCCACUUCUCUCCCAAGCUGCCAAACAAGGAUUUGCGCGCGUCUGAGGCCGCGCAUGAGGCCCGCGUUGCCGCGCUCCUACGCGUCAAGCCUGGGAUGAAGGUGCUGGACUGCGGCUGCGGUGUUGGUGGUCCCAUGCGCACCAUCGCAUCUGUCAGCGGAGCCCACGUGACCGGCAUCACUAUCAACCAGUAUCAGGUUGACCGUGCCACCCGCCACAAUGAGAAGCAAGGAGUUGCUCCCUUGACGGAGGUCGUCCGCGGCGACUUCCUCAACAUGCCAUUCAAGGAGAACACCUUCGAUGGCGCCUACGCCAUCGAGGCUACUUGCCACGCCCCCAAGCUGGAGGGCGUGUACGGCGAGAUCUUCCGCGUGUUGAAGCCCGGCUCGUACUUUGUGUCGUAUGAGUGGGUCUCCACCGCCAAGUACGACGCCAGCAACCCCGAGCACGUCAAGAUCAUUGACGAGAUCAACUUCGGCAACGGUCUGCCGGAGAUGCGCACCUACAAGGAGGCUGAGGACGCGGGCAAGAACGUUGGCUUCGAGCUGGUCAUGUCCAUGGACCUCGCCACCGCCUCCGUCGUGGCUGGGCCCUGGUACGAGCGGCUGCGCAUGGGCAAGUGCACGCACACCUUCAACCACAUGCUGGUGUCCGCCGUGGACGCCGUGGGUCUGGCGCCCAAGGGCCUCAAGGAGGUGCACCACAUGCUGGUGGAGGUGGCCAAGAGCCUCAUCCAGGGUGGCGAGACCGGCGUCUUCACGCCCAUGCACCUGCUGCUCUUCCGCAAGCCCGCGCCCGGCGAGAAGAAGAAGUAAAGGGCGAAAGUAAACUCCCUUGGAAAGGAGGGGUUAGGAAACGGUUGCGGAAUGGUUGCAGAUACUGCGGGGGUCGUUUGGUGGGGUCUUGCCCAGUGACGCUUCUUUGCAGGUGUGUGUGACUUGCGGGUGGACGCUUGAACUUGAGGGGCGUUGCGCGCUACUCCGGCUGUGCGCUGCUAUUAUCAAAAAUGUUUAUGGCGCGUGGAGUGGACGCGAGUAUAUAUUUUGCUGCUUUAUUGUUUUGGAAGAUGCUGAAUGGGGCUUAUCUUGUUACGCUCCCUCGUGUCAUGCAGGGCCGUCUGCGGUCCCCCUACUUGAUUGGGCUUCCCUUACUCAUGCCUAACAAAUGACACAUGCGUAUUAUUUGUCUCCGGUUGCCGGCAAAGGGGAUCAGCUAUGAGCGUUGCCCCUUGGUCUCUGUUGCAGCUUGGGACUGUGGGGGGGCUCCUAACGGCAAAACUUACAGCUUCUGCAAGCUGUGGGCAGGUUGUCGUAUUUUUUAAAACUGUUCAACCGUUGACAACGUCGUUCCAAUGGAGCCGGGUCGCGUGCUGCGCUCAUUUGCGGUUGUAGGAGAAAGCAAUGACGAGCGUGCGCGGUGCAGUCACUUCACUGCUUGUAGUUGAAAUAUGGCGGGAGUCCAUUCUGGCACUUUGAUUCCAUACAGUUGCCGUUUCUCGCGCGGCAGCUGCAGACUUCAAUGUAAGGCCGAUAAGUCCGUCCA